UCUCUCUCGAGGCGCAGAGUGUUCUCCCACAUGCUGGCGCGGACGGUGCAACCUCUCACGGGACUUUGAUAAGUUUGCCUGUUGAGCUUGCCAGUGUACAGCUUUGACACUGUUCUGAUAAACAUUCUCAGCCCUAAGGUGUUGUGUAUAUCACAAGUAACUGUGAUAUUUGAAGAAUAUUUCAGCACAAUUGUACAAAAAUCGAACAAUUCUUAAACCUUAUCAGUAGCAAUUGGAAGACAUCGGUGGUUGGAGAUGAUGCAGAGGUUUCUGAAUAGGAAGAACAUGAGUGGGAAAUGUGUGUGUACCGGGCUGCCAGGGUCUCCUCCCUGCUACGACUGCACCUUUAGUCUCAAACAACCACCUCCAAAUUACGCUUCCCUGUCUGAAAAUAAAAACAACCGUGGCAGCAGAUAUGUUCGCACCUCCAGCUCAACACGCAGAAGACACAUCUCUCGUCGGUCCUCUGUCUCCCAAGAGGUCAUUCUGGAGCCCUCAAGUUACUUCACCCAGCAUCAUGUCCUCCAGGACCCAGCAAGCUUGCAUUACUCUCAUGAAUCUCUUUAUGAAGCAACUGACGUUGAGGUAGCCAAAAUAUCUCGGGCGAUGGGUCACAUUGGGUUAGCAGUGGCUUGCCUGGUCAAAGGACAGCGGACAGAGACGGCAGCAGUUGCAAGUAAUGUAGCCAGUUUCAUGCCUGCCUCUGCUGCAAUUCCUUACUUACACCACAAGAUCUCCACCUCAAAGCUCGACCUGGCAUCUCAGGCGAGAUGUCCGCCAGGCCACCGGCUGUCCGAGAAGGAUUACCACCUCCUGCUGACAGCCAUCAUCAACCAUCUUCCUGAUCAUCUGUACGGGGACCCGGCUCUGCCCCAGGAGGUAAUGGCACCGCUGGAGGCAUCACCACUACCCUGCCAGCUGCUCGUCCCUGAGUGACCUUCACUCAAGGAUGUAGCUGCUACCCUACCCCCACCUUAGAGACAACGAUGCAACCCUACCUCCGCCAAGGGACGACAUUGGCACCCUACUUCACCUAAGUGAGAAACUGUGCUUCCAGACAUCAUAGUUUCGAGCUGCAGAUCUUCAUAUGCACCGAUACUCUCAACUGCAAUUGUCUUUGGACCACUGAUACUGUAGUAGGCAUCAUCUUCAGUGUCGUCACCAAAACAUCUCAUUUUGUAUAAUGAACUGCCACAUAUAAUGCAUAUACACCUGUAAUUCAUCCUGUCAUCCCACUUUAGUUUUAAAUGUAUUAAAAACAUGAAAAUAUAAA